CAUCACUCUCCGUCACUGCAUUCAUCUUUCUGAUUCUGACUUGACUGGAAAGCGAGUCACUGAUUGUGAUCUUCUGUGGUUAAGCAUUUACUGGCAGUGAAGCAAAGAGACACGGACGCCGAUCUACCAACUGCCCAGCGGCCAGAUCCACCAGCCCAUCUGUGUCUUGAUUUGGAGCCUUACAAAUCUGGCUAUUUUCUGCUCUAUCACACUCAAAUAGACAAUCAGUGGCAUUCCAUCUGUUGAACUAUCUACACGGCCACCUGCUGCCCCAUAUACUCAGGUGGACUUCUUCCCGUGGCUCUCUUGGACACCAUCACUCGCGACUGGGAGUAAGCAAGGCUGACAGGCUCGGCAAGGCUGGUCCUGUGCCAGUGCAGCGACAAAGCGAGAACGGUCCCAGCCUUACACAUAUUUCACAGCAACUAAUGCAGGACGCCACUCGAGAAUCAGGCAUCAUAGGGAACUGAUCUUGCUGUGGUGAACUUCGUCACCCAGGACAACCCACAAAGACGACACAAGACCGGUAUCGAUUGUCCAAAUAACCAGCAAGGCUGAUCGACAUUUGAGCACCAACCACAAGGCCAGAUCGCGCCGACACCACAAAUCGCUUGACAUAUAAGACAACCUCACAAACGACUGUUUUCUAGCGCCCUCCUUAACAUACUCACCCCUUCCCCACAUCAGACCAGAAGUCGGCACACCCUACGCCUCCUUCUUCCACCUACAUCAGGAUCCAGGCCACACAACAGCUCUAACUAUCAACCGAGUCAACUAUCUCUUCCAGCCUCCAGCCUCCAUCCUCACUCAUACUUCCUCCAUUAUCAGAACAAUGUCUCAACCCACCGAGUCCGACAUUCUCUACUCCUACCUUCUACAACCAUCAUCCCUAUCGACAAUCAUCCCCUACACCAAAUUCCAAAGCCUGAGCCCCCACAAAUCUCCAACUAUUACCCCCUCCUCUGGUCCGAACCUCAUCAAACGACUCUACCGCGACCUCGAAUUUCAGCGCUCCAUCACAAUCGACCAUGUCCGCCGGCGCAUUGACGAAGAAUGCCGCCGGAGUGUAGGUCUAGUGUCUCGAUUGAGAAGACAAGUUCGACGGGAACAGGGACAGCCAUAUUCUCUUCCCACAACCACUACAACCAGCACCAAACAAGUCCAUCUGCAAUCUUCGCAACGCCCUUCUGGGAAGAGGAAACGAAGUAUUUCCGACACCAACCAUGCACCACCACGAAGGCUGCCAACAGCAACUCCUUCAGAAGAUGCCGACGACGCACAAAUUGACAGCGACCCUGACACAGACACAGACACCGAGAUCGAAAAGGACAAAGACUUCCUGGUCGACAUACAUUACGACGCACCUGGACCUGGACUCGGCGGGCAGAGUUUCCCCGGAUCAAAUUCAAAUCACACAACCGACACGCUCAUGCAAGCCAUGGAAACCGCAAAGACACAGCUCGAAGCCGAACUCGCCGAAUUAGAGACCAAACUCGAUUCGUGCAGACGGGCCUGUGAGGAGCGCGUGGGCGCGUUGAGUGAUUUGCGAUAUGGACGAUUUAGGAGCAGUAACGUCAACAACGUUGACGCCAUGGACGAUGACGAUGGUCAUCAUCAUGGAACCGUCACAACAGGACAAGGAGCAGCAGCAGCAACACUGGAAAUCAAGGUUGUGGAUGCCUUGGCGGAGUUUACUGCUCGACUUCAAAGCUGACAUUUGAAUGCCCCCACUGCAGCGAGGGCAAAGAUGGGGAGCAGAAACGGCAAAAGAUAGAGAGUCCUUUUGCACCAACACUAUUCUAGUUUACACCCUGCGUACUGUACGAUAUCGGCUUUACGAACAAGACGCAAAAGAAAAGUCAUCAUACUAGUAGUAGUACGAAAUUCGUCCUGUCGGGUCUCUGACUUUCACAUUGUCGAAUAGGUCAUUUCGUUACCAACCGCUUUUCAAGUUUUUGCUCCGUUCAAGUUGCAUAUAUAUGUGCCAAAGAGGAUAUAUCCAAGGUAGGUAGGACAUCAAGAUGACGUGUCAUGACAUGACAGAACAGAAGACGGCGCCAGGUGACCCCACUGCCUGACUUGUUUACUUGUGCGCUUCAAUCACCUUCUGCA